AUGGAUAUCGACAAAAAGUUGGAAUAUUUAUCUCUGGUCUCGAAAAUCUGCACGGAACUCGAAAAUCAUUACAGCUUAAAUGACAAAGAUUUGGCUGAAUAUAUAAUUCACUUGGCUGAGAAGAAUCCAACAUAUGAUUCAUUCAAGAAAAGCUUAUAUGACAAUGGAGCUGAGUUCUCUGAUUCGUUCAUUGGAAAUCUGCUAAGACUUAUUGAGAAGAUGAAUCCGAAAAUGAAAGCAUCCAGUUGUUCUGGGAUUGAAAUAUCUGAAGAUAAGAGUCUUAAGAAGGCCUUGUUUCCUGGUCUGUCACUGCCCGAUGAUCCGUCUGUUAGGACCAUGUUGGAAGCAGAAGUCAAGAAGGAAACUACAACAGAUGCGAAUGGUAAGAAAGACAAAAAGUCACCGUCGUCCCCAUCUUCUCCAGUUAGGAAGAAAGAAAGAAAGCAUGAGAAACGAAGCAAGAGGUCCAGGUCAUCAUCAAGAAGCAGAAGGUCAAGAUCAUCGUCAAGAAGCAGAAGGUCAAGAUCAUCAUCACAGUCAAGAAGGAAGAGCAGAAGAUACGAUGAAGAGGAUAAAUAUUCAAGAAAGAGGAGAAAUGCUGAUGAGGAUGAUGACUCUGAUAGGAAAAGAAGACACCGUAAUGAGGAGAGCAAUAAAAAAAGUAGGUGGCAUGAAGACCGGGAUGAUAAUAAAAGAAGUAGAAAGGCAGAUGAUGAUGGCAAUGAUCAUAGAAGAAAAGAGUUGGCUUUGGAGCCAGAAGUUGGCAAGAUAUACAGUGGGAGAGUUACUAGCAUCACCACGUUUGGUUGUUUUGUCCAGUUAGAAGGACUGAAGAAGAGAUGGGAGGGACUGGUUCACUUAUCACAUUUGAGGAGAGAAGGCAGAGUUUCAAAUGUAUCAGAGGUAGUUCACAGGGGUCAAGAGGUCAAGGUCAAAGUGCUGACAUUCACUGGUCAGAAAACUGGCUUGAGUAUUAAGGAUGUUGAUCAGGACACAGGAGAGGAUUUGAAUCCUUCAACAGUUGACUACAAGAAGGAAGACAUCAGUUCAAGAAAUCCCGACAGACCGACCACAGUUCCUUUAUUGGAGGGAAUGAUUCCAGAGUGCGAUGACGAAGACAGUCGGAAGACCAUCAAGAGAAUUUCUUCACCUGAAAGAUGGGAGUUGAAGCAGAUGAUGGCAGCUAAUGUACUCGAGGUUGCAGAUUAUCCUGACUUUGAUGAGGAGACAGGAAUUUUGGCUAGAGAAGAUGAAGGAUCAGAUGAAGAUAUGGAGAUUGAGUUGGUAGAGGAAGAACCACCAUUUUUGAAAGGGCAUGGGAGGGGUGGUAUGGACUUGAGUCCUGUCAAAAUUGUCAAGAAUCCUGACGGAUCAUUGGCACAAGCUGCAAUGAUGCAAAGUGCUCUGCAGAAGGAACGUAGGGAACUGAAACAGCAGCAGCGAGAGGAGGAACAAGCAUCCGUUCCCAUGGGACUUAAUAAAAAUUGGAUUGACCCUCUUCCAGAAGAUGGUGGCAGACAACUGGCUGCAAGCUUGCGAGGUCAGGGCGUCUCUAUGGAGAUGCCUGAAUGGAAGAGGAACAUAAUGGGAGGAACGAAGGCCUCCUUUGGCAAGAAAGAAAAGAAAUCCAUUUUGGAACAGAGGCAAAGUUUGCCUAUAUAUAAACUGAAAGAUGCACUGAAUAUGGCACAAGCAAAACAGCGGGCUGGCAGAGCUGGUCGAACGGGUCCAGGCAAGUGUUAUCGUCUCUACACUGAGCGGGCCUACAGAGAUGAGAUGAUGCCAACCAAUGUCCCUGAAAUUCAACGCACCAACUUGGCAAGCACCGUACUUUCAUUGAAGGCACUGGGUGUCAACGAUUUGCUCGGCUUCGACUUCAUGGAUGCCCCACCGAUGCAGACACUCAUAUCUGCCAUGGAACAACUCCAUGCCCUGAGUGCACUCGAUGAUGAGGGCUUACUUACUCGACUGGGGAGAAGGAUGGCAGAGUUUCCAUUGGAUCCUCAACAGUCCAAGAUGUUGAUCAUGUCCGUUCAUCUGGGAUGCAGUGACGAAGUGCUGACAAUAGUCUCCAUGCUGUCUGUGCAGAAUGUAUUCUACAGACCUAAGGACAAGCAAGGUCUUGCAGAUCAGAAGAAAGCCAAGUUCCAUCAGCCGGAAGGUGAUCACAUGACCUUGUUAGCUGUGUACAAUUCAUGGAGGAACAACAAGUUCUCAAGUGCUUGGUGCUAUGAGAAUUUUGUGCAAGUGAAAACUCUGAAGAGAGCGCAAGAUGUCAGAAAGCAAAUGUUGGGUAUCAUGGACAGGCAUCAGUUGGAUGUGGUGUCUUGUGGAAAGAACACGGCUCGUGUUCAGAAGGCCAUCCUCAGUGGCUUCUUCAGCAAUGCAGCCAAGAAGGAUCCACAGGAAGGCUACAGGACUCUUGUUGACUCACAACUUGUCUACAUCCAUCCGUCAAGUUCUAUAUUCAAUAGGCAGCCCGAUUGGGUUGUUUAUCACGAACUUGUCCUGACAACUCGGGAAUACAUGCGGCAGGUGACUGCAAUUGAUCCAAAGUGGCUCGUGGAAUUCGCUCCGAAAUUCUUCAAAUUCAGUGACCCAACGAAACUUAGCAAGACUAAAAAGAGUCAGAAGAUUGAACCUCUCUACAACAAAUACGAAGACGCAAAUGCUUGGCGUAUCUCGAGGGCAUUCAAAAAGUUCCACGUCAAAGUCACCUUUUAAUCUAUGCCAACCAGACAUUUUUGAACUUAUUAACUUGUUGGAUAUUAAUUAUGAAUACAUUUUUAUGUAUUGUAGGAAAAAUUUGAAAAUUACCUGCUUGUAAAAUUUCUUU